AUGAAGAUUCAAUUAAGAUAUCAAUUUAAUACAUUCGACGUUGACGUCCCAGAAGAAGCAUUAGGUGCACUCUUAUUUGACAAAGCUGUUAAAGAAACCAAUAUUAUUCGUAAACAAGUUAGAAUUGUUUAUAAUAAAAAUGGAGAAAACGUUCCAAUUGCUGAAAAUACAAAAAUAAAAGACGUUGGAGCUACAACUUUCAUUAUUAAAGAUAUGGGACCACAAAUUGGCUGGAGAACAUCAUUUUUACUUGAAUAUUGCGGCCCAUUUGUUAUUUGUCCACUUCUUUUACUCAUUUUACGCAACAAAUUGGUAUGGAAUUCGUAUUUUACAAUUGGAAUCAUCAUGUGGGAGCUUCAUUACGCUAAAAGAAUUUACGAAAGUAUUUGGGUUCAUACAUUUUCACAUGCAACAAUGCCAUUAGCCGAUAGCAUGAGAAAUGUAGUUUACUAUUGGACAUUCACAAUCUUAGUUAACUAUAAUUUAUACGAUAAAUCACUUUCUGUAAAAGGAUUACACUUAUACCAGAUCCUUGCUAUACCAUGCUGGUUCGUCUGUGAAUGCUUGAACCUUUAUUGCCAUAUUGGACUCGCAAAUCUUCGUCCAAAGGGCUCAAAGGAACAUUAUCUUCCAAAAGGCUUUUUAUUUGACCAAAUUGCAUGCCCUAACUAUACCUUUGAGAUUUCUGGAUGGAUCUUCUUCUCCAUCUAUAGCGGUUUAUUGAUUUCUUUCUUCUUCACUAUUUGUGGCGGAACUACAAUGUUUAUCUGGGCUGAAAAGAAGAGAAAUAACCUCAUUAAGAAAUGGCCUGAAGCAAAGAACAGAGGAAGAAUUUCUCCAUUUACAUUUUUCUAA